GUCAGGUGCGCGUCCCCGGCAGGUACAGUGGUGUCGGAACCGCCUGGAUACAGUCCGCGCAAGACUAACGCUGCAAGCUGCCGCUUCUGGGAACGUGUUCGGCUUGCUUCUUUUUCGGGUUUUGUGCACCUUUCGUUGUUAAAUUAAAGCGGAAAUUUUUAAAAAGUAACAUUUGGAAAUGUUAAAGCCAUAAAACACUGUGACCAUAAUCGAAAACUAAAUUAAGAAAGGAGAAUUUUCAAAUAAAACUUAGAGAUGGGUAAAAAAUCAGAGGAAGACAACCCGCAUUAUGGGGAGCCUGUCCAGUUUGACCCUACCUUUAAUGGCCCUUUACGGAAUCGGAGCUGCACAGAUGUCAUCUGCUGUGUCCUCUUCAUGGCUUUCAUUAUCGGGUACAUUGUUGUGGGGAUUCUGGCCUGGGUCUAUGGAGAUCCCCGACAAGUCCUCUACCCUCGAAAUUCUACCGGAAUGUUCUGCGGGAUUGGACUGAACACGGAUAAGCCGAGCGUCUUCUACUUUGACUUGUUGAAAUGCGCCACGGCAACCAACAUCAUGGCGGCUGCGCUCAACGGGUUGCAGUGUCCCACCACGCAGGUGUGCGUCCAGCAGUGUCCCAAUAAGUUCUGGCUGCUGUCACCGCUGGCUUAUGUCCCCGGAGCCAAACCCAAAGACUACUUUGUUCAGCAGUACUGUGUUCCCUCUAUCGACCUGAGCAGCACCACGCUGUCUGUCCAGGAGAUCAUCAAUCGGGAGCUUUGUCCGGUCUUCUAUACGCCAACCACCUCUGUGCUGGGGAGAUGUUUACCCAGUGUCGGCUCGUUGGACAACAUCCCCUCCAACUUCACGCUGCCUGGGAUGACUUCAGUGAACGACACGGCUAAUGCUAUCAAAAACGCCACAGGUCAAGGGACACUGACUACUGAUGUGGUGAAUGGAUUCAAUGCCAAGGACAUCGGAGUGCGAAUCUUCGAAGAUUUCGCCUCGUCGUGGUAUUGGAUUCUUAUCGGUCUUCUGAUAGCCAUGCUGCUCAGUCUGCUCUUCCUCCUGCUGCUGAGAUUCAUGGCACCAGUCCUGGUCUGGCUCCUCAUACUGGGAGUCCUGGUAGCAGAUGCGUACGGAAUUUGGCAUUGCUACUGGGAGUAUAGCAACUACAAAAACUCCAACACAACCAUCAACACUAUCGGCUUCACCACAAACUUCUCCGCCUACCUGCAAGUCAAAGAGACGUGGCUUGCGAUCAUGAUCAUCCUCUGUGUGGUGGAGGCCAUCCUGCUUCUGAUCCUCCUUUUCCUCCGAAAAAGGAUCCUAAUCGCUAUUGCUCUCAUCCAGGAGGCUAGCAAGGCGGUGGGUCACAUGAUGUCCACGCUGGUCUACCCGCUCAUCACCUUUGCGCUGCUGCUUAUCUGCAUCGCUUACUGGGGAAUCACUGCUCUAUACCUGGCCACGUCUGGGCCCCCCGUUUACAAUGUAGUGGCCCUCAAUGUCUCUGCUCCUGGCUGUGGGUCCAUCACUGGCAAUCAGACCUGUGACCCUCUGUCUUUCAACUCGUCGCUCUACUCUCCCUGCUCCUCCGCCCAGUGUAUCUUCAUCAAAUACAACAACGAGGGUCUUUUCCAGAGAAACAUGUUCAACCUGCAGAUCUACAACGUGUUGGGCCUGCUCUGGUGCGUCAACUUCGUCAUCGCCCUGGGCCAGUGCACACUGGCGGGGGCCUUCGCCUCCUACUACUGGGCGUUCAGCAAGCCGGCCGACAUCCCCACCUUCCCGCUCUGCCAGGCUUUCUUCCGGACCCUGCAGUACCAUGUGGGCUCACUGGCCUUCGGCGCCCUGAUCCUGACACUGGUCCAGUUUAUCCGGAUAGUUCUGGAGUACAUUGACCACAAGUUCAGAGAGGUCCAAAACCCCUGUGCGCGCUUUAUAAUGUGCUGCCUGAAGUGCUGCUUCUGGUGCCUGGAGAAGUUCAUCAAGUUCCUUAACAGGAAUGCCUACAUCAUGAUUGCCAUAUAUGGGAAAAACUUCUGCAUUUCAGCCAAAAACGCUUUCAAGCUGUUGAUGAGGAACAUAGUGAGGGUGGUGGUCUUGGACAAAGUGACAGACAUCCUCUUGCUCUUCGGGAAGCUCUUAGUGGUUGGGGGAGUCGGUGUCCUGGCAUUUUUCUUUUUCUCUGGCCGCAUACAGCUGCCUGGAAACACCUUCCAGGCUGGAGUGCUUAACUAUUAUUGGGUGCCCAUUAUUACAGUGGCAGUGGGGGCGUACCUCAUCGCUCAUGGAUUCUUCAGCGUCUACGGCAUGUGUGUGGACACGCUGUUCCUCUGCUUCCUGGAAGACCUAGAGCGAAAUGACGGAUCAGUUCAGAAGCCAUACUACAUGUCUAAGAAUCUGAUGAAGAUCCUCGGCAAGAAGAAUCAAGUGAAGAAAUGAUGUGACAGACCUUUGCUUUUAUCAUAACUGUUGUUUUAGUUGCAUUCCAGAGGCUGGUGUCUGUCUUUUAAUUUUUUUUGCCCUCCUAUUAUCCUUCCAGUCUCCCGCCUCUGCAAGGUCAUGUUUACACGACACGAAUGCAUGUUUGCACUUUAACCAGCUUUAAUGGUUUGAUCGCCAUGUUUCACGGGUUGGGAUGUGCGUGUUUGAGGAACGCGUCCCUGGUUGUCAUGAAGACAGACCGAGGCCUUUGCUUCCGUGACGCGCUGAAUCACCCACAAGGCCACAAAAAUGAUUGUAAUAGUCAUUUAUCACUAAGGUAACUUUUACAUUUUAUAAAAAAUUUCUUGGUAGUUUUUAGUUUUGUCAAGCAGUUUCUAACCUGAGAACCUUAAAACUUUUUCAAAUGUAUUUUGACAAUUUUACAUGCCAUCUGAAAUCUUUUUAAAAAUGUACAAUCACAACUGUAUGACUGGUGACGGAGACCUUUGGUAUAAAUAUUAUUUAUUAAAUAAAAAUUAGUUCAAUACAA